GGGGGGUCUUCUCAAAAUAUUGCAACGAAGAUUUAAUGGGCAGGUGGAAAUAUCCAAUUGCAAAGAAAUCUGAGGGCAACACCACAGCAACCGCACUCAGAAUUUUACUCCCAAUUCAAUUGCGGGAAACCUUUGAGCAAUUCCAGUUUCAAUUCAACUUCAAAACAGCAUCAAUCGCUAUGGAGAUAGAACAAUAGCAGCCACCGCAUAUGAGUAUUGUAACACAAAACCUGAAAAACGCAGACCAAGAACCCUCCUCGUAUACCCCGAAAGGUCUUCAGGGGCAAAAUGGACAAUUGAGCGAUGACAUUUGUAACCGACUAUUCAAAAUGCUGACAUUCUGCUUAAACCCUAGAUAAACCCUACAAAUCGAAAAAAUAUUGUCGGAUUAGAUGCUAUCUGCUUCGAAUCGCUUGAAAAUAGUGGUUAUUCCCCGAUGGAAAACCCCCUAUUUGCUAUAUAUUUCCUCCUUAUGCAAUAGUUGCAGCUACCAGAGUUCUAAUCGUCGAGAAUCAGAUUUCUCUCCGAAGGCACUACAUAUGCAAAUCACAUCAACCCCAGUUAAACUUCCAUGGAUACGUCCACUAUAUCCCAUGCUAAGAACCUGCACACUCAAAGCCCGAUCAUUGGUAACUCAAGCAUCCAUUGAAGACGAAGAAUUAGCACAUCAAAUCUUUGACAAAAUCAUAUCCGAGUUACAAAAAACCCCAAAUUCCAUCAACGAAUUAUGCACCAAUCACAUCAAUAAACUCUGUAAAACAAAAAACCUCCAAACAGCCACUAUUCUCCUCCAAUUACUACACAAUAAACACGCCAUCAAUGGCAUCGACAUCCUCCCAUCAUACAAUCUCCUCCUCAAUGCCGCCAGUGAAAACAACAAUACCAAAAUCGCCGCCCAUAUUUUCAAACACAUGUACGUCAACCACCUUCCUAUGAACUCCUCCACCUAUUUUUACACCACCAAAGCCAUUUCCAAGAGCAACGAUUUAACUUUCAUUUUAUCUUUCCUUAAAGAAAUCUCAGACUUAAAUUACACUAGAGAUGUGACAGUUUUUAACCGGAUUAUUUACGGAUUUGCAGAAUGUGGACACGUUCAUAAUGCGAUUCUUGUUUUUGAUAAUAUAAAGAGUUUAAAAUGUAAACCCGAUUUGAUCACUUAUAAUACCAUUUUGUGGAUAUAUGGUAAAGAGGGACGAUUGGAUGAAAUGCUUGAUGUGUUUUCCAAUAUGAAAAAGACGGAAAUACCCCCGGAUAUUGUUUCGUAUAAUACAGUGGUAAAUAGUUUGCGGAAGGUUGGGAGAUUUGAUUUGUGUGUGGUGGUUAUGAAAGAGGUUGGGGAAGUGGGAUUGAAAUUUGAUUUGAGGACUUAUACUGCUUUGAUUGAGUGUUUUUUUCGAUCUGGGAAUGUGGAAGAAUCAUUGAGACUCUUUGAAGAGAUGAAGCGAGGGCAAAUUCGUCCUUCGAUUUAUGUUUAUAGAUCGGUGAUUAGUAAUUUGAAGAGAUUGGGGAAGUUGGAAUUGGCGGGAAAGUUGUUGGAGGAGAUGAAUGAAUGUAUGGAGGAUCUUGUUGGUCCUAAAGAUUUUAAAAGGAAAAAUAGAUGAAAAAUUAUCGUUAAUUUUUUACUUAAGUUUAAUUGGGUAGAAUUUUCAAAGUAUGAUGUCAUAAUAUACAAGUAAAUGGAAGUAUGUUGCGAUUUCUCAUUGUUUUUUCUUUCACUGUGAUGAAUUUUACUAGGUAGUUGGUUUGACUACAGUUAUGAUGUGAUAUUCAACAUGUAAUUGGAAGAUAUUGAUAAAUUGACACUGCAAAAUGGACAUAUUGAAGAC